AUGUACGCCAUCUACUCCCUGCUGGUCUACAUCUUCUACACCCUCUUCCGCAAGGAGCCCAGCCAGGAUGACGGGCAGCUCCUGGAGCCGGAGCCCCCCCAGCUGGUGGAGUCGAUCAGCGCCCUGCAGGGUGAGCGUGCCCGGCUGGCGGAGGAGAUCCAGGGCCUGCGGCAGGAGCUGGAUGAGCGCGAGAAGGACAAGCAGCAGCUGGCCGGCAGCUUCCACCUGCAGAUCCAGGAGCUGAAGCAGCAGAUCGAGGAGCGCGAGGACGAGCUGGCGCGGCUGCGCACGGGCAUGGGGGUGACGGACUCGGAGAAGCGGAUCCACAACCUGACGGUGGAGAACGAGGGGCUGAAGCAGAGUCUUGGCGUCACCCAGGGGCUCCUGCAGCAGCUGGCGGCCGUGUCUGCCCAGCCCUCUGCCCUGCUGGCCAAGGAGAACGAGGACCUGCGGGGCCAAGUGCAGCGCCUAGAGGCGUCGCUGCAGCAGAAGCUGGCACAGCUGGCGCAGCUGGAGGGGCAGGUGGACGCACUGCAGUGGCACAAGGAGGAGGAGGCGCGGCAGCUGGACGAGCGUCUCUGCGCACUGCAACAGGCCUUGGAUGCCCAGCUCAGCCGGGCCCCCGAUGUGCAGGUCAGCUGGGUGUGGGGGAGGAGGGUCAUGCACACGCACACACAGGAGGCGCGGCAGCUGGACGAGCGUCUCUGCGCACUGCAACAGGCCUUGGAUGCCCAGCUCAGCCGGGCCCCCAAUGUGCAGUACGUGACCCAGACGGUGGAGGUGGAGUCUCCCAGCACGCUGCGGUCCCUGGCCGAGGCGGAGGAGCGGAACCGGGUGCUGCAGGAGCAGCUCUCCAGCCAGGGCGAGAGGUGCCAGCGGCUGACGGAGCAGCUGCAGGGCUCCGAGGAGGUGGCUGCUGGGCUGCGGCAUAAGAUUUUGGCCUAUGAGCAUGAGAUGGCCCAGCUUCGUGAGCAGCUGCUGCGGGAGAUCAGCCACCUGGAGGCCCAGAAGGAAGAGGCCGUGAAGGAGGCGUCGGAGUGCUCCGAGCAGCACCUGGACCAGCUCCGCCAGCAAUUUGCAGGCGUGCGCCAGCGCCUGGCCGUGCUGCAGCCCCUGCUCCGCAGCAUCAGGACCGACUACGGCAGCCUGCGCGGCCAAGUGCGCAGCUUCUCCGACUUCUAUGAGGCCGCCCUCAAGGAGGCCAGGCAGCAGAUGUGCUCGGCCAUCAGCGAGGUAUCGGAGGCCAACCAGGACCUGCGGGAGAAGUACCAGCACGAGGUCUUGCUGCGCAGGAAGUACCACGACCAGCUGGUGGAGCUCAAAGGGAACAUCCGGGUGCUGUGCCGCCUGAAGCCGGUGACGGAGGCCGAGCAGCAGGCCAGCGAGGCGAGCGUGGCUGUGAGCACGGAGCCCGGCAGCGAGAGCAGCGUCACGACCUCUUACAAGGGCAAGGAGCGCACCUUCGAGCUGGACAAGGUCUUCCUGCCCCAGGCCACCCAGGAGGAGGUCUUCCUGGAGAUCGAGCCGCUGGUCCUGUCCUGCCUCAACGGCUACAACGUCUGCAUCUUCGCCUACGGGCAGACGGGCUCCGGCAAGACCUACACCAUGGAGGGCGUCCCCGAUGACCCUGGGAUCAACCAGCGGGCACUGGAGGUGCUGUACCGGGAGAUGGAGGCCAAGCAGGGGCUGUGCAAGUACGCCGUGAGCCUUAGCCUGGUGGAGAUCUACAACGAGGUCAUCCGGGACCUGCUGGGCAAGGACCCCCAGGAGAGGCUGGACAUCAAGCUGAACCCCGACGGCAGCGGGCAGCUCCAUGUGCCCGGCCUCACCUGUGUGGAGGUGCAGGGCUUCCGUGAGAUCAAGAAGAUGCUGGCGCUGGGCAAGAGGAACCGGGCGACCCACUGCACCAACAUGAACGAGCGCAGCUCCCGCUCGCACGCUCUGCUCACCAUCACCAUCACCGGCACCGACCUCGCCACUGGCACCAAGACCUCAGGGAAGCUGAACCUGGUGGACUUGGCGGGCUCGGAGCGCGUGUGGAAGUCGGGGGCGCAGGGCGAGCGGCUGAAGGAGGCGCAGAGCAUCAACAAGUCCCUGCUGGCGCUGGGCGAGGUGAUCCAGGCGCUGCGCGCCAAGCAGCCCCACGUGCCUUUCCGCAACUCCAAGCUCACCUACCUGCUGCAGGACUCGCUGGGCCGCGGCAACAAGACCGUCAUGAUGGUGCAGAUUUCACCUCUGCAGAGGGACGUGGGCGAGACCGUUUGCUCCCUCAAGUUUGCCCAGCGCGUCUGCAAGGUGGAGCUGGGCCCGGCCGCCCGCCGUGUCGACCCCUCGGGCCCUGGUGAGGCCUGAGCCCUGCGGCCAUGAAGCCAUCAGGUGCCCUCCUGCUGCCCCCUUGCCACCCCCAACCCCCAGAUAGGGCAGAACCAGGGGCUGUAGGGCAGGUUGGCCCCGCUGCAUCCAGGCCCCCAGAGCUGCAGGGCAGGGGCUACUGCCCCACGUCCCUCCCACCAACUGGGUGAGAAGGGAGCCAGCUCUGCCCCCUGCUCCCUCCUGGGUGGGGGUGAGGUGCCUGCCCACCCCCAGUCCUCGUAGCCCCCACCCCCAGCCUAGGGGAGCUCAGCAUCCCCCUUUGCAGUGCUGGGACCUGUCCCCCAUGGCUUGAGACCCCCCCAGCCCUCUGCCCAAGAGUCCCGGGGCCAC